AUGAACGAUUAGUUGAAUGAUUGGGAUUUUUGCAAUCCAAACAAUUUUCUUGAUAAAUUACCUGAACCCUUUAGGUAAUGAUAACAUUUAGCUUCAAGAUUCAUAAAUAAAAUCAUCUAAAAGGAUAUUCUCUUGGAAGUAUAUUCGAAAGUGUUCUUAAUCGAAAAAUACAGGUCAGAUCCAAAUUAUGAAGGUCCCUUGAGAACAUUGCCUCCUUAGGGUAUUUUCGAUAUUUCGAAUAUUACAACUAUAAGCUCAAAUAGCUCGAAUUUACAAAUUGCAGCAGGAGAUUUACAAGGAAACAUUUUUAUAUUAGAUAUGAGCAAGAAAACGAAAAUUUGUAAAAAAGAGGUUAGCCCAAAAAGAAUAAAUAAAGUUUGCUUAGGAAUUAGAGAUGGAGCAAAUGAUGAAUAAAAAAAUAUUUGCAUGUAACAGUUUCCACCAUUUUUAGAAUUGGGGUAAUAAGUCACUUAGAUCCAGUAGUACAAAUAUUCAAAUAUAAACCAGGAGAGAACAAAAUCAGCUAAAUCCAUUUUAUAUAAGUCACUAAAAAUACAACUGGUAUUGGUGAGCUUCCUAUGGACAUCGAAAUCAGCAAGUAUUCACAAUAUAUAUUAAUAACUCAAUAUAAUGGUAAUGUGGUUAUUUAUAAAAUACCUGAAUUAAAAGUGGAAUCAUAACAGCCAAUAUAGGCAACAUUAUUAUAGAAUUAAAAUACUCUAUUGCCUCCUCUGUAAAAUUAAAAAUAACAGGCUACGAAAGAAUAAUUGAAACAAUAAAUCCCAUCGAAUCCAUAAAAUGAUGUUGCAGUAACUGAAAUCAAUGAGAUAUUUUAUCAGAUUAAAUUUUAAGGAUUAAAGAAAGAAUAAAAAUUCAAUGAAAUCAUUAAUUCAUUUAAAGAAUAAAAUCUUCCAAAAGAAGUUGAAGUGAAAGAAGAUAAAAAAAAAUAAUAGCCUAAUGCUUAACCAUAAAAGAAGUAGGAAGUAAUUCAAUAAGUAAAAGAAGAAUCAGGUUUAGAAGAAAAUAAUAACCAACUAAUAAUUAAGCAUCAGACUAAGGAUGGUUAUGAUAUAAGUGAGGAAUAUCCCAUUUAAAAAUUUAAGCCAUAUUUUGCUUUUAUUCAUGAGACAGUUAACGUUUAAAACGGGUAAAAGGUCUUUGAUAAGGUAAUCAUUGUUAUAUUUCAUAGUUUAAAUAAUUUGAAGUAGUUGUUGGUAUAGUUGUAGGAUGGUCAAACACAACAAAAUUAGAGCUUCAUUACUUUAGCUAACCGAAGAAAAAUAACUUACCAUAGUAUCUAAUCGCAUAGUUUACUUAAGAAUAAGAAAUGAAAUUUCAAUUACCAAUACUUAAUAAAAAAAACGAAACCCGAUUAAUUGAAAUUCCAUUGAUUUACCCACUUUCUUGUUUAGCUGUCUCUAAAAAUUUUUCGUUAUUAGGCUUAGGAUUAUAAUAAGGGUCAAUUUUAAUAUAUGAUUUGAUUUUCUAAUAGGAAAGAUUUUAUCUUGAUAAACAUUAAAUUAUUGUAAGCCAUAUAGAAUUUUGUGAGAAUGAAAGAAUAGUUAGUUGCUCUUAUGAUGGGAGCAUCCAUAUUUAUAAUACGGUUGAAGGGACUACGUUGUGCAAAAGAACAAAUUAAUUCCGCAAAGGAACCAAAAUAAACUAUGAUGAAUAAAAGCAAGGAUUAUGGAGAAUAAUGUCAUUGGCCGUAAGCAGUUCAGGAAUAGCAGUUGUAUAAGAUGCUGAGUCAGAAGUAAGAUUGUAUGAUGUCUGGAGAGGAGAAAAAAUUGCAAAAUUAUCUCCUGUCUAAGUUAUGGAUGAUUAAAAGAGAAAGUGGAGUGACUAAAAAGUUAUUAUCAAAUGUUUCAGAAGUAUUUUACAAUGAUUAUUUUCUAGAUGAAAUUUUGGUUUCUGCUUAGGUUAUUACACAAGAACAACAACAAAAUUCUUCAGAUCAAAUAUUAACAACUGUGCAGAUCUUUAAGAUUUUUGAUAGUUUAGUAAAUUUAUUUCCAUCAUUAUCAAAUGUAUACAGAAAAGGAGUAGAAAAAGAAAAAAUUUUAAAUUUGUUUGAAAAAAUUCCGAAAUAAGAAUUAUGGAAUGCCUAGUUUGAAGUUCCAAAUUUAAGUGUUUCUCAUUAAAAUGUAGCUUUGAAAGUUCCAGGACAAGAUUCCAAGACCUAAAAAGGAUCUUAAAUCUUGCAUAAUCAGAGUUAGUACAGUUAGCCGUAUUUAUAUUUUACUAAGAUAGAAAAUUAAAUUAAAGUAAAGCGUCACAACAAAAAUUGAAAGAAGGUGUUAAAGAAUCUCAAGUUGUGAGUUAAUAACAAGAUAUUUAUGAAAAUAGAUCUGCCUCUUUAGUAGGAUCUCUACAUAAAUCUGUACAUUCUGAUAAAUUUGAUUACAAUUCCUCUUUCAGAAGCACAAACUCGCCCUAAAAUAAUUUAAAUUUGCACAAAACUCAAAAGGGUAAUUCUUCAUAAAUAGGUCUUACAAAGGAGAUGCUACACCCAGAAGAACAUUUGUUAGAAAAAUCUGAAUCAUAACCUGCUUAAUUGAUAUUUGAGAAUUCUUCUAUGGUUGAGCAUUGUAGAUCGAGGAAUUCUGAAAAACAACUGAGAUCUGAUAAGGUCACAUAAUCCCUUUUAAAGUUGGGUUAAAGAUUAGCUCUUGAAGAUGAAAAAAUGAAACUUUAAAUUAGAUAUAGAUAGCUUCAAAAAGCCAAGUGA